UCUUUAGGGCCUCCAACGGUGGAGCCGGAAUAAACUCCGGCCACAGCGGCGUCCGCCGGGAAUUCGAUACUUCUCCCCUAUAUACUCACGCUACCUUCCACCUCCCCCUUUUACUUCUCUCCCUCGCCUUCCUCGCCACCAGCCAGCGGCCAAGAUGAUGGCGGAGGCGUGGACGCAGGUGCUGCUGCCGCCGACGGCGCCCUGCUUCUCCGGGCAGCCGUCCUGCUUCUGGCAGGACCGGCACGCGGGUUUCGGAGGGAGGUGGGACGAGUGGACGGCGGAGGAGAACAAAUUGUUCGAGGAGGCGCUGGCGCGGGUCGACCGCAACGCGCCGGACCGGUGGGAGAAGGUGGCGGCGAUGCUGCCCCGGAAGACGGUCGUCGACGUGGUGAACCACUACAACGACCUCGAGAACGACGUCGGCUACAUCGAGGCCGGGCUCGUGCCGUUCCCUCACUACAGCGGCUCGCCGCCCGCGUCCGGGUUCACCCUCGAGGACUGGGACGGCGGCGACGGCGUCUUCAGGCGCGGCUACUGCCUCAAGCGCGCGCGCGGCCCGGACCAGGAGCGCAAGAAGGGCGUCCCCUGGACGGAGGAGGAGCACAAGUUGUUCUUGAUGGGGCUGAAGAAGUACGGGAGGGGGGACUGGAGGAACAUCUCGCGCAAGUACGUGACGACGCGGACGCCGACGCAGGUGGCCAGCCACGCGCAGAAGUACUUCAUCCGGCUCACCUCCGGCGGCAAGGACAAGCGCCGCUCCAGCAUCCACGACAUCACCACCGUGAACCUCCCCGACGAGGACCGCGGCAACGCCUCGCCCUCGCCCUCGCCGCAGUCCGCCGCCACGAACCCCUCCGCCGCUGACCAGUUCGGCGCCCUCGUGGACGUGAAGCCCUUCGCGCCGCCGCUCGGCGUGGCGCACCCCUACGGCGGCGUGAAGCUGGAGCCCAAGGGCGCGCUCGUGGCCGGCCUCGGCUUCGACGACUCGGUCCUCCUGCAGAUGCAAUGCGCGGCGGGGCAGUUGUGACGGGCGGCUCGUGGCGCGGCGAGAACCGCGCGGAGGAAAGGACGGCUCCCUCCCGGUCGUCAGGAACGGGCCAGGUCGCAGCCUCCUCGCAGGCCGUCGUGCUAGGCUUCGAUGGUUGCAGUGCAGAGUCGGUUGCGUCUGGGGUAUCAGUGAGAUGGCAUGGCGCGUCCCGUGUGAAGAUGACAGUGACGGAGAGACCUUCCAGGAGCUCCGCGAACCGAGAGGCCACGGGCGUGCCGUUCCAGCGUCCAAUUUCAGUUCAGUUCAGUGUAAAUAGAUUCAACCGCGAGUACAGGGCCCAAGAACUCCCAUCGUACCGAAUAAGCAAGCAUCCGAUGAGGCCUUUCUUUGGGUUUCUCUACAGCGUCACCGGCGGCUUGGAACAGGAUUCAGGAUCACCGGGCCUGUCAAAAUCUCCGUACCGGUCUGUUACUGUAAUGUUGGUGUGUAAUGGUAGCGCUCCUGUCCUGUGGAGAUGGGGGUGGGACUCGGGCAGAGUGUGUGAUGCUUGUAAGGUCUCGCAAGGUUCUUGUCCGACGAUGUUCCACUGCCAUCAAGUCUAGAUCCGCUCAGCUCUCUCUGACUCUCUUUAUAGAGCGUGUUUGGUUCCUCCGUA